AUGGCGUUGUCGACACCGGCCAGCGUAACGGCGUUGUGGCAGCGAUGCGAAGAGAUGGGAUGGGACACCAAUUUCACAAUCAAGGAGUCUGCAAGCGGUUCUUAUAUUAUCCGCUGCCUUGAAAACGAAGGCCAAUGUUUGAAUUGGCAAGGGUGUGAACUCAAACCGCAGUUCUCGCCGGACUUCGCCAAGGUCAUGUCUGGGUGGGCAGAACACUGCAUCGGGAACGAGAAGCAUUGCAAGGCCAGAGAUGAGCGCCUGAGGGACCGUCGCUGCGUGCUCAUCGAAACCGCCAACUUCACCAAAAUACCGCAGCUUGCCGGUCUCUGGGAGAGGGAUCUCGUUAAGGUGGUACCCGCCGCCUGGCAAUCAGUCCGUCCGGUCGAAUCGACUCCUGCCGCUGGUCCGAUUCCUACCACUGGUCCGAAUCCUCCCAACGGAUCGCCCUCUCCUGCCGCUGGUCCGACUCAUACCACUGGUCCGAAUCCUCCCAACGAAUCGCUCACUCCUGUCGAACCUCCCAACGGAUCGCCCUCUCCUGCCGCUGGUCUGACUCCUGCCACUGGUCCGACUCCUCCCAACGAAUUGCCCACCCCUGUCGAACCUCUCAUCACUCCGCAACCCAUGCCUCUUGGCAAAGCUCAAGCCGAACCUGCCACCUCAAAGGAAUCCCCGAGUUCUGAGGGUCCAGAUGAGGAUUCAGAUGAGGACGAUCAUGAGUCCAAAUGGGGCUCAGAUUCAGAGGUCGAGUCGGUAGCCAGUGACGAUGAAAGUGAAUGGGAAAUGGAUCCUCACGACCGAGAGGAUGCAGAGUUGGAACCUGACGAGGAUUAUAGGGUGGUUCGGAGGAGGGUGAAAAAGUCGUUGCGAGGCGAAAAGAAGGAGAUCGAAUACAACACCCAUGCUCGCGCAGACGUCAUCGCGGGCAAGGACGAUACGAUCCCCCCCACUUACUUCCAUGUAUUCCAAUCGGAGGAGGAGAUCAACGCUACCCUGAUCCAAGGUGGUUGGGACGAGACCCUCUUCAAGCUGCAGCCUUUGUGGUGGCAGCGCGUGGGCAUUGCAUGGAUGCUGGGAGUAGAGAUGGCGGCGGAGAAGGAGAAGGAGACGUCUCAGUUCGCUGCAGGGCGAGCCAUCCUAGCCGACGCGACCGGCCUCGGCAAGACUUACGAGACGAUUGCUACCAUAAUGUGCCAGGACCGACAGCAAAAAGACCGGUACACUCUUGUGAUCGUCCCCAAGGCGGCCCGACAGCAAUGGAGGAAAGACGUGCGCAACAUGGGUGGGGACCCUGACGAAUGGGUCAUCGUGGACAAUCCUGAAGACUUGGAAUCAGCGAUCAAAAGCAACAAAAAACGCUUCAUCAUCAGCGACAGCAGGGUUGGACUGUGGGGCGGCCCACUAUACACGAGGACUCUCGACCAGGACGUUCAGCGCCUCAUGCGUCGACAUCGUCCCGACCUUUGCACCUGCACCAGCGAUUUCUAUGAGCGUGUCCGUCGCCCUCCACCCAAAAAGGCCAAGAAAAAGAAGGCGGUGUACGACCUCGCCGAUGAAGAAUAUAACAGACAUCCGUUCAUUCAGUUCCAAAAGAGCCAGCGACCCCACUUCGUGUUCCACCGCAUCGUGAUCGACGAGGCGCACAAAAUGCGAACUCAAACGGGAGUCCGAUCGAGAGUGGUGCAGCGACUGAGUACCAUCAGCCGAAAGUGCUGGCUCUUGUCCGCGACUCUUCUACCCAAGGAUGACAAGGACUUGCUUGUCCCCAUGAUCAUGAUGGGUCUUGUUGAUCCGACACCGGCAGGCAACAAGCUGUUCAAGAGGAUGGCUGCGACAAGGCAAGACCUAGCAGCCCAAACUGAAGCGCAACAGUUAGGGCUUGCUCCUAAGCGUUUCCUCCGACGGCCGAUCACCUUGUUGCUGGAACAAUCUGGAUACAGCUUGCAGUUCCCGAUAUAUCAGCAGAUGGCUCACGUUGUCGGCCAGUCUGCUCUCGAACGCGAGAUCUUUACGCAGCUGCGAGCGUUAGCACAUGGCGGCUUUACCCGCUUGGAUGGCAUUUCGCAACAACAGGACGAUGCCAACGUUACUCCAAGCAGUCCGGCCCUGACCUUCUUGGGGACUUUCAGGCGAGCGCUGUAUGAUCCUAGCAUAUUGCUGCAGGCAGAGCAUGCCAUUGGGCCCAAGUUGGCUGCCGGGGAAAUGCAAUUCAACAAGGCAACCAAGACCCAAAAAGGUACAAUUCGAUUCCUAAAAACUACCCCGAGGGGGUGGACGGGUAAUGAGAAACAAGCCGCGAUUCUUCGGGCGACCGAAGUCAGACGAUGGCGCUGGAACAUUGAGCCGGACACAUAUCGAGCAUUCAAGGAGAAGAUCGAGGAGUGGAAACGACAGGGAAAUCCUUCGGCCAAAUUUGCAGAGUUCCAGAACAUCGUAAGGGGACUCAGGAAGACCCCCUUGCCUGAGCGCCCAAUUUACCUGUUCGUGGCUCACGGCAGUAUCUUUCUGGAUAUGGCUUGCGCUUGGUUGCAGACGCUAGGAUUUACGAAGGGCAAUGAUUCUUCGAACUCUCCGGGAAAGCAGCAGCCUUUCUAUCUCACCUACAAACGUGAGGACACGGAUGAGCAGCGUCAAUGGGCUCUGGACCGAUUGCAAUUGGCUACCGAAGACCAGCCCUACCAACCGUUGUGCCUGUUGGCGUCGAUCAAGAUGGUGUCAGAAUCGUUGAAUUUGCAAGCCUGCAGCAAGACUCUCGUCAUAGAUGAGCCAUGGCUCUGGACCGAGGUCGAUCAGUUGGUCGGCAGGACGCAUCGUAUCGGACAGAAACGAGUCACAGCUUUCGGCGUGUUGCUUGUGCAAGAUACACACGAACCUAAGAUUUUCGAGAGACUCGGCAUGAGGAAGGAAUAUCAGGACAAGGUAUUCAACGGCGGCAAAGUCGGACUCACCAAUAAAGACGUCAGAAUGGUCAUGCUGCCUGGGUCUGACCCCAGUAAUGCGCUUGCUAUCGAUGACGAAUCUGGCGAUGAUCCCGACAACGCCAUCACCGUGCAUAGCGAUGAAGAAUAG